GCCGCCUUCCAUCAUCUCCCCCAGAGAGGCAGCUGCUGUUCUGUUUCAGCAACCAUGGGUAUCUCGCGUGAUUCCAUGCACAAGAGGCGUGCCACUGGAGGCAAGAAGAAGGCAUGGAGGAAGAAGAGAAAGUAUGAGCUCGGCCGGCAGCCGGCAAACACUAAGCUCUCCAGCAACAAGACCGUGAGGAGGAUUCGUGUCAGAGGAGGCAACGUGAAGUGGAGGGCACUUAGAUUGGAUACCGGAAAUUAUUCCUGGGGAAGCGAGACCGUUACCCGUAAAACCCGUAUCCUUGAUGUGGUCUACAAUGCUUCAAACAACGAGCUUGUUAGGACCCAGACUCUGGUGAAGAGUGCAAUUGUUCAGGUGGAUGCUGCGCCGUUCAAACAGUGGUACCUUCAGCACUAUGGUGUUGACAUUGGUAGGAAGAAGAAGGCAGCUGCUGCCAAGAAGGAUGCUCCAGAGGAGGGAGAAGCACCUUCAGAGGAGACAAAGAAGAGCAACCAUGUCUUGAGGAAGAUUGAAAAGCAUCAACAGGGUCGAACUCUGGAUCCCCAUAUUGAAGAACAGUUUGGAAGUGGUAGGUUGUUGGCUUGUAUUUCUUCCCGACCGGGCCAAUGUGGUAGAGCAGAUGGAUACAUCUUGGAAGGUAAGGAACUUGAGUUCUACACGAAGAAGAUACAGAGGAAGAAAGGGAAGGGUGCUGGUGCUGCUUAAUAAGUUCUCUAGCCAGAUUCUAAUUGUUGCUUUCUUGAAUUUAAGUUGGCAUGGCCAGAUGAAAGAAUUGUUUGAAAGUAGUGUAGCAAUAUCCCUAAGACUCGGAAGUUGGAAUCCUUUCCUACUUAAGAUUAGAAGUGUUCGGAUUUGUUCAAGCAGUUUUGCGAAAAGAUAUUUACUUGUUAGUAUUAAACCUUGCAUUAUUAACAAUCUGACUUUUUUAUGUUACUAUGUUUUGUGGUCCGUAGUAAGAUUCGUUCUAU